GUCACACGAGGUAAACACAACGUUCACAACUUCACGGACAGCGGCGGGCGGAGAGGAGACCAAACAGGAGAGUCUUUGACAGUGCCCCACCUGUUUCUCUGUGCCUUGUUAGUGCUGCCCCACACACCAGACAGGCACCAUGAAUGCUCCGCCCACCUUCGAGUCGUUCCUGCUGUUCGACGGGGAGAAGAAGAUCAUCAAGGAGGUGGACACGAAGGUUCCCAAUGCUGCCAUCUACACCAUCAAUAAGGAGGACCACACACUGGGCAACAUGAUCCGCCUGCAGCUCCUCAAGGACCCCAAUGUGAUGUUUGCCGGCUACAAGAACCCUCACCCCUUGGAACACAAAGUGGUCCUUAGAAUCCAAACAUCUGAUGCCAGCUACACCCCACAUGAUGCCUUCAUGAAUGCCAUCACUGACCUCAUCUCAGAGCUGUCCCUGCUGGAGGAGCGAUUCAGGGAGGCCAUCAGGGAAAAGAAGGAAGGCUUUGACUAGGCACACACUACCUAUCUACUCACCCACCACAAAAAGUACCCACACAGAGAGAGUAGUGAAAGAUGGGAAACCUGGCUGUUAUUAUCUUGAGGCAAACACACACACACACACUCUCUCUCUCUCUCUCUCUCUCUCUCUCUCUCUCUCUCUCUCUCUCUCUCUCUCUCUCUCUCUCUCUCUCUCUCUCUCAGGAUAGUGUUAUGUAUCUCCCUGUCACUGUGCUCACUGUGUUGGUUGCUUAUCAUCACAUGUCAUCUUCCUUCAUUACAUAAUCUCGUGUUGCUCACUGCUCACCACCACCAUCACCACCACCACCACCUUCAGCACCACAGUUCCCUUAGUCUUUAGGGUUUUCAUGAUUCAUAAGAUACUCAUCCUUAGGCGAAGAAAAAUUGUGGGAAAAAAUGUAAUCUUAUCAUGUGCAAGUUUUGAUCAUCAGAAGUAACAAUUAUUGGGUUACAAUUUUUACAUCACAUAAAUGUAUAUUUUGAAAUUUAUUCUGAAGUGCUCAUUACUAUUAUGAUUAACUGUAGUAUAGUAUUUACUUUUAAAUAAAAAAGAUCAAGAACA